CCGUUGCCGGGCAUCCGCCGGCGAAAAGACGACCUAGAGGAGGGGUGGUUGUAGCGGGGACUCCGGAAGCCCACCUUUCACCCGGAAAUGGUUGUCGAGAAACAUGGCGUUGCUGGUGCGAGUGCUUAGGAACCGGAUUAGCAUCUCCCAGUGGGUUCCAGUAUGCAGCCGAUUGCUACUUGUGUCUCAUACACAGGGACAGUGGGGCAGGGCUCUGUCUGGUACUUCCCAGUGGCCCCAGAUGAGCCAGGCCCUAGCAUGUGGUGGAUCAAUAGUAGACAUUCAGCUAAGUAGGAAGUAUCAUACCACAAAUAAGCUUUCUUCUACCAAGGAUUCCCCACAGCCUGUUGAGGAGAAGGUUGGUGCCUUCACAAAGAUAAUAGAAGCCAUGGGAUUCACAGGACCUUUGAAAUACAGUAAAUGGAAGAUUAAGAUUGCGGCCCUGCGCAUGUAUACUAGCUGUGUGGAGAAAACUGACUUCGAGGAAUUCUUUCUAAGGUGUCAGAUGCCUGAUACAUUCAAUUCAUGGUUUCUCAUAACUCUACUUCAUGUCUGGAUGUGUCUAGUCCGAAUGAAGCAGGAAGGCCGGAGUGGGAAAUACAUGUGUCGUAUCAUAGUUCAUUUUAUGUGGGAGGAUGUUGAGCAGCGUGGCAGAAUCAUGGGGGUUAAUUCCUAUAUCCUGAAGAAGAACAUGAUGCUUAUGACAAAUAAUUUCUAUGUGGCAAUCUUGGGAUAUGAUGAGGGGGUCCUUUCAGAUGAUCGUGGGCUGGCUGCUGCCCUCUGGAGAACCUUCUUCAACCAGAAAUGUGAAGACCCUCGACAACUUGAAUUGUUGGUGGAGUAUGUGAGGAAACAGAUACAGUACCUGGACUCCAUGAACGGUGAAGAUCUGCUUCUGACAGGGGAGGUGAGCUGGCGCCCUCUAGUGGAGAAGAAUCCUCAGAGCAUCCUGAAGCCCCAUUCCCCAACUUACAACGACGAGGGUCUUUGAUGGGCUGGUCCCUCCGAACAGCUGGCCAACUAGCUCUGAGAAACUGCCAGAAGAGAGGUGGCUGUUUGGCCCAGGAUCCUGCAGGAAGUGGCCUGAACUGACCUUUGAACAGCAUCUGUCAAAUGCCUGGCCCCAUUUGUGUUGAUUUUCCUCUUAGUACGCCCAGGAGUCUGAUUGGGUGGGGUACGGUACGGUGCUGGGAGAACCCUUAGCCCUUCUCAGGUGUCCUCUCCCUCAAGAGAAGCCCUGAGCAAGAGCUCCCCUGCACACACUCCCCAGGUCCCCUCUAGGAAACAUGUGAUUGACAGCUUUUCCCAAAGGCCACAGAGGGAAUGGGGGUAGGUUAGAAAGGGGACACCCCCUGCCCCCCCAAGGGCCCACUGUGGCCUAGGAGCAGUUUGUAAUGCUGCUGAGUCAAGACUGGUAACCACACUCUGUCCUCCAGCAUUGAGCCGUGGGGUUGAGUUGGCCAUUAAAAGAAACAGAGA